GGUUAGCAUUAUAGGUGUGAUUUUCACCCAUGAUGCGGUCCACAAUUCCAAUGGCCAGGCCAGCAUGAAUAGCAUGCAUUCAUGCUUCAUGUUCCAUGGGUGAGUGACCACAAGUUAGUGCCAUGGCAAACGAACAUCACUGCCUGGCCUAUCCCAGUAACAUCUCCCUCCAUUCAUUUUAUGAGCUCUGUUUUAUUUAUAGGACGAAUGGUCUGAUGUACUCACUUAGACAGCCAUCAGAUCAAAAGGCAUUGAUCAUCACAUGUUAAUCACUUGCUAGGUUGGUGGGCCUCAAAUCUGGUCUACGAUGGCGGUCCCCACAUGUGACAACUGACUGAUCAAAAUUAUAAAGAGUCUUAAAUAACCACAUAAACUAAAAUAUUCAGAGUAAUGUAAACUCGCCCAUCGCUAUUUCACUGAUUGUCACACAUAAGUUGACAUCUUAGCCAUUGAAAUAAACAACAUGAUUAAGAUAGAACCUAUGACUUCACUCUGCCAUCUGUUACAAUAUCUUGGAUUCAAGGCCUUCUCUUAUGUAUUUUCUUCAACCUUAAAAUAAACAAAAGAAAACAGGGAUUGAGACAUGUAAAUGCACAUCACCAUAUAACAACACAAGUAGAAAACCAGACCCUUUUUUUGCUAUUAUCAUAGCAAACCACACAAGAAGUCCUUAAACAAAAGGUUCAUUGACUUGUUCAAGAUGCCAAGAAGCAUACAAGAAAGUUACACUUCUAUUAAUAAUCUUUCCUCUUAUCUUAACAUCCCUCCCAAGAGGUUUGGGACAAUACAUCCCAACUUACUGAAAUAGGCAUCACGCUAAAAGCCCUUGGAUCUGGGUCCAUUUUUCAAUGAUCCAAACUGUUUAUAUGGAGGAACCACCAUGGAUGAGGGACACCCAAAAAAUAUAUAAAUGAAAGACUUUCAUAUUUGGAAUAUUUCAACACUUUUGACCAUUUAACUCUUUCUACUUAACCAUGUUUAGGGUCAUUAAUCUGAAGUGUAAAAUCUUCAAAUCUAAAAGAUUUUCGAGGCACCCAUCAUCAGCUAUGUGGCCCAUCAUAUAAACAGUUUGGAUCACCAAACAUGACCCCAGCCAGCUCCAACAGCUGUAGUCCCAAUGUAUUAUCCUAUAACAACAAGUCAGAGAAUCAUAUUGUCAUAAACCUCCCCCCACCCCAAUUAUCAGACCAACACUGAAUGUGGGUAUAUCUUCUCCUUUGAGAAGUCUUGGUAAAUGGUAAGGAAAAAGAUCCUUUCUCUUGUUGGGGGGUUACAAAAGCUGUAUUAACUAUGUUCUCUCUAGUUCAUUUCCAAUGCAUUUCUCCUUCAUCGAAAACUCUUCCAGUGUUCUUGUUCCUGAGUACUUUGAUUCAAGUCUCUUCUCUUCAAUUCCAUUAUUAUCCUACAUUCAAAGGGGAAGACGGGGAAUUUUACCUACAGAGGUAGUUCAAAUCUAGCCUUUGGAGCCUUGCAAAUCUCACUAGAUUCAAGCACUCCAAUGUUCAACAAUACGUCAGGAAGGGUCUUAUACAAAGAUACCUUCAAGCUAUGGAAGGAACAUAAUCUGUUGUUGCAUCAUUCAACACUAGCUUUGUGUUGAAUAUCCAGCCUCAAACAGGGCCCGGUGGUGAAGGUUUGGCUUUUAUUCUGACAGCCAAUACAGAGCUCCCUAGCAACAGCAGUGGGCAAUGGCUCGGGAUAGUCAACCAAGAAUCAAACGGAUCAUUGCUAAAUCAAAUCAUUGCCAUCGAAUUCAAUACGAGGAAGAGCUAUGCGGAGGACAUUGACGACAGCCAUGUGGGCGUGGAUGUAAACAGCAUAAACUCGUUGACCCAACUUCCUUUAGGAAGAUCGGGUGUUAAUCUCUCAAGAGGAUUGGAUGUGCUCAGUAGCAUUCGGUAUAAUGGUGAUUCAAGAAACAUGGCCAUCGAUGUUUCCAUGGUCAAUGACACGAAUCAUGAUCACUCAAGUCCGUUGAUUUCAUUGCCCAUCUAUCUAUCACAGUAUCUCCCAGAAGAAGUUUAUGUAGGAUUCUCAGGUUCGACAGGUAAUCUCACCCAACUAAAUUGUAUAAUUUCAUGGAAUUUCACUGGCCAAAAUAUAGAAAGGCGAAAUGGUUUUCGACUCAUAUGGAUUCUACUUGUGAUUCUAUUGUCAAUAUGCAUCUGUUGCGGGUUUACAUGCUACCUCUGGUGGAGAAGGAUGAGAAUCACCAACAGCCAAGGAAGUCAAGCAACCCUUAACCUAGAAUCGAUGCUUGAGAAUUCGACAAGUGGACCACAUAAGUUUCAAUUCAAGGAGCUCAGAUCUGCAACUGCUAAUUUUUACCCCAACAACAAGCUUGGGCAAGGUGGGUUCGGGCCUGUCUACAAAGGAUUCUUGCAAAAGACCAGCAAGGAGGCUGCCAUAAAAAGAGUGUUGAAGGAUUCCCGUCAAGGUGAACAAGAAUUCAUAGCUGAGGUGAUGACUAUAAGCUGCCUCCGUCACAAAAACCUAGUGAAAUUAAUUGGAUGGUGUUACGAAAGAGGUGAGCUUCUUAUGGUUUAUGAGAUCUUGCCUAGAGGAAGCUUAGACAAGCUCUUAUUUUCCAAUGUGAACUCGAAACCAGAGGAGGUUAUAUUGAGUUGGGACAAGAGGUACAAGAUAAUCUGUGGGGUAGCUUCUGCUUUGAGUUAUCUUCAUGACGGGUGUGAGAGGAGGGUGUUGCAUCGGGACGUGAAAGCUAGCAACGUGAUGAUAGAUUCCGAGUAUAAUGCUCAGCUGGGAGACUUUGGGCUGGCUCGUAUGGUUCAACAUGAAGGGAAAACUCACCACUCGACAAAUGCGAUAGCCGGGACACCCAGUUAUAUCGCGGCCAAGUGCUUUCACACCUCUAAGGCCAGUGUAGAGACAGAUGUUUAUGGCUUUGGGGUUUUCUCCAUGGAAGUUGUGUGUGGGCAAAGGCCUAGCAGUAAUCUUUGGAACCGCAACACACACUUGGUCGAUUGGGUGUGGGACUUGUACAGUAGAAGAAGAGUCCUUUUGACUGUGUGGAUCCUCAGUUGCAAGGAGGGUUCGAUGAGGAGGAAAUUGGCCGUGUACUUCAGUUGGGAUUGGGUUGUUGCCAUCCGAAUCCUAACAAGAGGCCCACCAUGAGGGUGGCAUUACAAGUUCUCAAAGGUGAAGCUCCUACACCAGUUCCACCAAAUGAAAAACCUACUUUUAUGGGGCCAGUGGUGGAUGCUUCUCCUAGGUUCACUCACUGGGCAUGGAGGGGGUUUCAGAUGGUGGGGGGCAUCUAAGCGUAUGUACUGAUCUUAGUGUUAGAUGAUAUCUAGAUU